CCAAUAUUACUGGUUGUCAAUCAAUACAAGCACAGCCUCAGUCUGGGGGACUGGAUGCCUCUCCACGCCUUGCCGUCACCGACAGGCAAUUGACUUUAUCAAACGAAGAUUUGUAUUCGCUCUGUGCGUAUUGAUCAGUCGACUUAAUACGGCAUGCAAAUUUACGGAUUCUUUUUUCUCCUUGAUCUUUGUUCCGCCACUAGUUGUAUUUGCUUUGAUCACUGUAAAACAUAGAAUGGCAAUGUAAUGACCAGUUUAAGCACUUAAGACACCAUCACUUGUAAUGGGAUCCUUCACAUUUUGUAGAAGACUAUGGAAUUGGAAGCCAGAUCGUGUGGAGCGCUUUGAAAACGACGAACAAGAACGUUGCACGUGUUGGUCAGGGGAGGUGACGUCACCCGCUAAAAUGGCGUUGAUCGAACAAGGUGACACGGCCGCGCCUGAGAACUGUCAAAGACUUGUUAUAUUGGGCUCAAGUAAAGCAGGAAAAACAUCUAUUGUUUCACGAUUCCUGAACAAUAAAUUUGAUGAUAGUUACACCCCCACCAUUGAAGACUUUCAUAGGAAAAUAUACCGGAUCAAGGGAGAAGCUUACCGCUUGGAUAUCUUAGAUACUUCCGGUAACCAUCCUUUUCCCGCCAUGAGGCGUCUGUCAAUCAUAACAGGGGAUCUGUUCCUUUUGGUAUACAGUAUAGAUAACCGGGAAUCCUUUGAAGAAGUGGAGCGUUUGUGUCAACAGAUACAGGAGUGCAAGACUCAGUGUAGGAAUAGAGAAGGCGAAAGGCGCCAAAGAGGGGCCAUUCCUGUAGUUGUCGUUGGCAACAAGUGUGAUAAGGAAAAAUCGCGCGUGAUAGACCCAGCCGAGCCACUGCACCUUACCGAAAUCUAUGAGAACUGCAUGUUUAUAGAAACGUCCGCAAAGAAAAACAUUAACAUCGAAGAAUCCUUUACAAGACUUUUUGACAUGGGGAACCUUCCUUUAGAAAUGAGUCCUUCUUUGCAUCGGAAGGUUCAUCCUUUCUACGUAAGCGGAAGUACUUCACAAACCGGAAGAAAGGGUAUGUCCAUUAGAAGAAAAAUGUCUGACGCUUGCGGAACAAUUGCCCCAAACGUCAGACGACCAAGUAUACGCACUGACUUGAUGGUGGCACAGAUGAGAACAAAAUCAUCUAAUCUAACCAAAGCUGAUGUGAAAGAAAAAUGUGCUAUUCAGUGAUUUUCGACGACGAUAAAAUGUAAUUAGUGGAAUAUUGUCAGGUUUCUGUUUGUUUUUUUUUUUCCUUUCUGAAUUUCUUUUAAUCCAAAACUAUAAUAAAUGUAAAUCUUACUUGACACAAGCCUUUUCCUGAUAAAGUUUCAUCUUCUGCAGAUGCUUUUUUCUGGAAUUGUGAAGAAUCAAAACAUGCUGUAAGUUUCAAAUUUGUUCAGAUAUUACUAGUAUCCUACUGCUUUAUCACUAAUAGAGACUCAAAUUUUUUCACAGAAUUUAGUCAAAAGUAUUUCAAAAAUCCCGAGAACAAGACUGCUGCAAUUUGUGGAGUUGAUACGUAAAUCUAAGUUUUAUACUUUAUGGUUUGUGGACGUUGUGAGAUGAAAAUUAAAAGAGGACAAAAAUUCUAA